AUGAUUCAAGUGACUCAGUCUUUUCAUUUGAAAAUACAAUAUCACGAAGAAGAUUUUGAAGAAGACUUUGAUAAAUUAUUGGACGAAAAUUCAAAGUUACAUGCUCAUUUGAUAAGCUUACAAAAAGAAAGAUUUCUAAAGAAUCCUAGUGAAAUAUCUGAUAUUGAAAUUGAAAUUGAGCAAAAAUUACGUAAUAACUUGGUUAAGUUAUUUGGCGAUGUAUCACCGAAUGAUCUGUUAACACCUUUCAGUAUUGAAAAAACCAUGGAUUCGUUGACGACAUGUGAGCCAUUGGUUAAAGGAAAAUUUCCACCAAAUUCAUAUCCUGUUAAAGUGUUGCCAUCACAAGUUUCCAAAGAAAUAGUAUCAACGACUCAAUCAUACAAUAAUAAUUGGAAACAGCAACAAAUUUCUUUUCAACGAUACCAUCACAAUCUUCGAUCUGCUAAUCUAUUCAACAUAACUGAACUGUCUGAUUCAAUGGUAGAACUUGAGAAAGGUGAUUUUAGAGGCAGAGAUGACGGUGAUGAUGAUGUACCAAUAUUUGUAGUAAAUCUAUCAGUAGAUGAAGGAGGUUGGAAUACAGAAGCUGAUUGGGAUAUGGGAGAUGUUGAAGAUAAAUAA